AUGGGUCCUCCAAUUUUUCUUCUUGUCACAAUUUCGAUAAUUGGAGAAGUGAUGGCGGCUGAAACUUGUUUGAGUCAACCUCAACUUUUUGGUGUGAUUUUUGGAUCAGUGGCUGCAGCUUUUUUGAUUGCUGGUACUUUGGCUAUUUUGAUGUAUAUUUGCUUCCGUAAAAAUUGUAAGUUUUUCAAAGGAUAAAAAAUUACUGUAAAUUUGAAACUCCAAGAUUUUAAAACGUAAAUUGAUAAACUCAAAAUUAAUCAUGGGAAUCAAUGACCUUUCAAGUAUAUUAAUUUUUUCCAAUGAUGAUCUACAAAUUUCAAGAACACUUUCUGAUCAUAAAUCUGAAGACUCAGCUAGACUAUUUUUCAGCUGAGAUCAAAGAAACCGAUAAUAAAUCUGCGUAUGCUAAUGAUGCGUGUGAUGUCGAAGACAAAGCAGUUGAUGCCACUAAAAAAACAACAAAUAAAGACAAAAUGACAAUGAUUGACUCUUUCAAACUUCGGAAAAAAUGUGAAGACAUUGGAACUCAAAAAGCAUAUUCAAUGGAAUAUAUAAACGAAGUUGAGGGAAAAGUUGGUGUACAACUUCGAGCUGAAGAUGUUAGUGGAUUGGGAUUUAAUAUUCAAGGAAAUAUGAAUGAGGGAAUAUUUGUUAAAGAGAUUAUAGCAAAAGGUAUUGCUGAACAAUCUGGAAAUAUUUUAGUUGGAGACAAAAUCAAAAGUUUGACCAUUUGUUUUGAAAAUAUGGUUUAUCAGGAUGCUAUCACUAUUUUGAGUUAUGCCUCACCUUAUAAAGUAAAACUUGAACUCGAAAGAAAACUCGCUGAUAAUGGAAAUACAAGUGAUAGUGAUGAGGAUAAAGAUGCUAGAUAUCAUCCACUUUUCCGAUCGAAUACUUUAACUCAUGUUCAUUUCAAUCCUUUGGGAUCAGUUUCAAGUUCACCAAAACCACAAAGAUGUGCAUCAGCUAAUUCUAAUCAGAAACAUGCUUUGCCAAAGAAAGGUUAGUUCAAAAUAAUAACUAUAUGUACAUCUAUAUAUAUAUAUAUAUAUAAUUAUUUUCAGAACCUGUUCUUAUUGCUGAACCCGAUUCUACAAUCGUCGACGAAUCUUCAAUUCGUGAGGAUUCUAGUAGUCGUUUAGAGAGUAGUGAUUAUGGAAGUGAUGGAACAUCAGAAUGUCGUGAAAGCACAGCAAGUGAUGGAACUCAAAAGACUUUAAGUGAUCGAAUAGAGAUCACUGAUAUUAUUUUUGAUAAAGUUUCGUCUCCAACACCACCGCCACAUAGAAAAUUGGAACAAUGUACAGAAUUGCCACCAAAAGUCAAAAAAGUUGUGUCACGAGUGAGUUCUUGAAAAUAGUGAGAAAUAUUGGGGUUUGACUUUAUCAUUUUCAGUCACCGUCUCCAAAACACAAACCUCCACCAUCACCAAAAAUGAACCGAGCAACUUCACCAAUCAAACCUUUACGACAAGAAGAUUCAACAACUCAAACCUCCAAGCUCCGCGCUGAUACAAAACCAACUCAAACAGAUCCACCAACACCACCACCAAUCAGUUCAAUUCCAGUUAGAAAAGAAAAUGAAACACAAACACAAGCCCCAUCAAUUCCAAUCAGACCACCAACUCCGCCGCCAGCAACACCUUCAAAAAUUGUGGAAGAGGAAAUAACACCAAAAGGACCAGAAAUAACUGAAGCUCGUGUUUCUAGAAUACCAAAACGAUCAGAUAGUAUAAAAACACCAGUUGUUGAACGAAAAUUACCAGCUCUACCAAAAAGUGUAACUCAACGAAGUCACAGUGCUGAUAAAAAUGAUAAUGUUUGGUCGAGGUUGUAUCAAGAGAAAAAAGGACAAUUAAGAAAAACUCGAGAAUUAUCAUCACCGCCAACUGUGCAUUCCGGAAUUCCACUGCCAACAAGUUCAAAAAUUGUGACAUCAACAACAACACCACAAAAAGAGGAUAGGUAAAAAAAGUAUUUGAAAGAAAAAAUGUAUCAAGAUUAUUUUCAGAUAUGGAACACUUACACGAGAAAAACGAGAUCGACUUAUGGCAAAUGACGCUGAAUUAGAUCGACAGAGAGAGGAACUCAAAAAAUUGGGAAUUUUAUAA